CCUUGGAGCCUGUGUGUGCGUGUGUGUGUGUGUGUGUGUGUGCGUGUGUGUGUGUGCGUGCGUGUGUGUAAUGUGGGAAGGUGCAAGGGGGGUUGGGGCAGGUAUUGCUACCUAAUUCCGUCCAGUUUUGCAGGAAGCUUGGCUUCUCGCUUCACACAGUCGGGUGGGUGUGUGUGUGUUUGUAUUUGUGUGUGUGUGUCUGUGUGUAUGUGAGAGAGAGAGAGAGCGAGAGAGAGAGAGAGAGAGAGAGAGAGAGAGAGAGUGCGCGCGCGUGUCCCCAGUAAUAAGCAUCAGUGCACUUUACUCGGGGCUCCAUCCGUAGACAGAGGGUCCAUGAUGAGAGGCUGCUCCGGCCGAUCCAAGCCGGCACAGAACCAGGGCAGAGGGGGUAAGAAGGCUUCCGCUUGCCGUCGUGUUCGUGGCUUGUAAUGCUGCGUCUGAACGCGGGAGAGUGGCGCGCGCGGAAGACGUAAACAAGAGUGGACGUGCUUGUCACGGAGACCUUUACCCUACAUAACGACAACAAGUCUCCCAACGCUGGCUUUUGGUCAAGUGGCGACGCGGCACGGCGAGUGACGUCACUGACGUGGAGAUAGCGCGAUAGAGUGGGAGGCUGAGACGGAGGCUCAGAGGCUCUCAAGCUGCAUCCUCGUCGAGCUGCCGCGAUGAAACCCCGGUCACCUUCGGAGCAGCAUCACGGGAAAAGACCCCGUGCGUCUCCCGCGGCGGCCUCCACGUCGCCGCAAGACGGAAUGGAGGAUACAACGCCGCCGAAUUCUCGAGAACUCACCCAAAACCCCCUGAAGAAGAUAUGGAUGCCGUGUAAAAAUGGCCUUCCCGAGAGGCACAUUUCUCAAAGGAAGGUAUGUAUGACCAACUGUCCGACCCUGAUAGUGACGGUGGGCCUUCCUGCCAGGGGGAAGACUUACAUCUCAAAGAAGCUGACCCGCUAUCUGAACUGGAUAGGGGUUCCCACCAGAGAGUUCAAUGUAGGACAAUAUAGGAGAGAGUGUGUGAAGAUCUAUAAGUCCUUUGAGUUCUUCCGUCCAGACAAUGAGGAAGGGUUAAAGAUCAGAAGACAAUGCGCUUCGGCAGCUUUGAACGAUGUGCGACAGUACCUCACAGAAGAAGGAGGUCAAGUUGCGGUUUUUGAUGCUACAAACACCACCAGAGAAAGGAGAGAAACCAUCAUUGAGUUUGCAGAGCAAAAUGGCUUCAAGGUGUUCUUUGUUGAAUCUGUAUGUGAAGACCCAGAUGUCAUCCAGGAGAACAUUGUGCAAGUGAAGCUGGGCAGCCCUGACUACACUAACUGCAACACUGAAGAGGCAGUGGAAGACUUUAUGAAGAGGAUUAAGUGUUAUGAAAACUCUUAUGAGACCCUGGAUGAGGUCUUGGACAGGGAUCUCUCCUACAUCAAAAUCAUGGAUGUGGGUCAGCGGUUUCUGGUCAACCGGGUAUUGGACCACAUCCAGAGUCGGAUUGUCUACUAUCUCAUGAACAUCCACAUCACGCCUCGCUCCAUCUACCUGUGCCGCCAUGGUGAGAGUGAGCUCAAUGUCAAGGGCUGCAUCGGAGGAGACUCUGGUCUCACACUGAGAGGAAAGGAGUUUGCCAAAAAGCUGAGCCAGUUCAUCCAGGCUCAGGGCAUCAGCGACCUGAAGGUAUGGACCAGUCAAAUGAAGAGAACCAUCCAGACCGCAGAGGCUCUCGGUGUGCCUUACGAACAGUGGAAGGUCCUCAACGAGAUUGAUGCCGGUGUGUGUGAGGAGAUGAUGUAUGAGGAGAUUCAAGACAACUACCCUCUAGAGUUUGCACUGCGGGAUCAGGACAAGUACCGUUACCGCUACCCUAAAGGAGAGUCCUAUGAGGACCUGGUGCAGCGCCUGGAGCCCGUCAUCAUGGAGCUGGAGAGGCAGGAGAAUGUGCUGGUCAUCUGUCACCAGGCCGUCAUGCGCUGCCUCCUGGCCUACUUUCUGGACAAGACAGCAGAGGAGCUGCCCUACCUGAAGUGCCCGCUUCACACCGUGUUGAAGCUCACUCCUGUGGCCUACGGCUGUAAGGUUGAGUCCAUUGGCCUCAACGUAGAUGCUGUCAACACACACAGAGAGAAACCAGAGAACGUGAACGUCCAUCGGACGACAGAGGACGCCCUGCGGACCGUCCCUGCUCACCUCUGACACUUUGCUGCGGCCCCCGUGAGCCUCGUGUUUCCCUCGUGGUGCCCUUUUGUUGCGUUUUCCCUCCUUAGGGUGCACUUCCUGUCGACGUAGGUGACUGUCAGGGUGAAGUGCCUCUGAUACAUACACACACAUGUAGCUCUUAGGUACGAUAUGAAGGAGUGCAACUGAUUUGAAGUUUUGCACAUUGUGGUCACAUUUGCUCCAGUAUGAUAUCUGUGUCCAAAUUGUACUUUAGUGCAACAUUUUUUAAAGUACUGUAUAUUUGUAAUUAUCGCUAUGGGUGUCAUCAAAUAAUCAUUUGCUUCAUAUUUUAAUCGCUUUAAUGUGCAAUCAUCGUUUUUGUGAACGUGUCCUCCGUGUUUAAUGUGCAAUUUGAAGGUUCCAAACCUACUGUACCUGGAAGACAAUACUAUGAAACCUUUCAUCUUUGUGAAGUGCUCAUUCACUUCUGGAUGAAUGAAAUGACUGGAAUCUUAUGAACAACGGCCUUUCACCUCAGUUGUUUCCACUAACUUGUCUUUUAUGUUUCACCUAAAGCAGAUGUACUGCCAUUAGAGUGCGAGUUCUAAUUCUCCAUCAUGCUGGAAAUUUAUUUGUGCAGAAUGCAUGCGUGUCCUUGUGGGUUAAUAGUUAAAGAAAAAAGAAAGUCGAUCUAAGCCUGUGACUGCACCUCUGUUGAAAUACAAUAAAAGUAAUUUUUCCACAAUGACAAAUGCUGUUUAUAAUAUGAUAUGAUGAUAAGCUGACAAAAAUCCUUUCUGCAACAUAUUCAUUGAUUAAAACCACUUUAAUCCUA